AUUGCAAGAUGACAAGACAACACACAGAACCACAUAAAUAAUAAAUACAAACAAAGAAACACUACAUAAAACUUGUUGAAGGCAUGUGAUGUAAAAUAUUUACAAGCUUAAGGAUCUUUUGCAAUUUGUUCUAGUUAUUGCUGGCAGCAAAAUUACAUUAAUGACUAGCGAAGGUAGUGUAGGCUUUAGGUUAAGGCCCGCGGGUUCAUUUUAUUAAGGUUCAUUUUAAGUUAAUUUAGUUAAUUUGGAAAAUAUAUCUUGAAUUAAUUCAGGUUUUUUUAUGCAGUCAAAAAAGAGACAAACCUGUAGAUAUUAUAUUGUUCAAAUUUUGACUAAAAACAAAUAUCAAUGCAAUAUGUAAAGCGUUGGUUCCAAGUUUCAUGGUCUGAAAUAAAAAAGUAUAUAUUGCCAAGAUAAUACAUUCACCAAAAUCUUUGAAAUUAUUGUAUAUUACAUUUAUGUUUUUGUUUGGUGUAGGUGCGAGCAGCACUGCACAGCUUCAGAGGAUAACACAAUAAUUAACUUUAACUUGAAUACAGCAUAUGUCUUGAAAUCAUUAAAUGAAUAUUUGUGAAUUCUGUUCUGUAGUGUCCCAUUUUUACAGCUCAUCCUGCCUGUAGUGUUAUUAUAACUAAGAGAACAGCACUUUGUAUACAUGUUUUUCCAGUUAACGACAAAUACAACCAGCUCAGUUUGCUUUCAGGUCCAUGCAUAACAACCUAUGUUCCUGAAUCAUUCAUGUCUUUAUUUGAGUUUCCCCCAGAUCUUUUGUACGUAGUACUGGAGAACUAUAACCUACGGGCGUGGCCGCUUCCCUUCCAUCCUAAUCUUACUGUUUGUGUCUUAGCUAUAGUAGCUAAAAGGGGUUGGCCAAUGUCAAAAUUACUCCAUUUGAACAACCCUUAAACCCUUUUCCCCAAUUUACAAAUUGUCCUAUAAAGGUUGAUGCAAUGUUGGAGGCUGCUGUGGAGAGUAGAUCAAAUAUUGAUGACUUUAACACAUUUGUCUCAAAAGAAAACAAACCCCUAAUAGUUGUUUCCAGUGGUAUUAGCACAUCUAAUCAGUUUGUUUCAAAUUGAUUUUUUCCCAUGAGCUUUGAGUAUGACUGCCACCAUUGUGCAAGUGGUGGUUGACUUCAGGAAAACAUCCCCCACCUCUGUCCCUUGACAUUUAGCGCUCAUCUGUUAGUUCAGCAGAAUAAUUUAAAUGCAUAAUUUUCCACAAUCCUAGGUAGGAGGAGAACAUCAGCAGCCGAAAAAUCUAAAACACUUCCAUCUAUCCUGACUGGGCAUCAAUAGAGUCCAUCACCUCCUUAUUUUCUCAGUCUUACCACUGCAGAGGAAGUGGAGACGCCAGAGACUUCCAGCCGCUGCCUUCCUGGCGGUGCCUGCGAUGCCCGUUCGUUCCUAGCGAGAAGCUGCAGGCGGUAGCGAAGGACCACGCAGGGGAAGGAUGCAUUUAAAGCAGGAUGUGUGCUGGAUGCUGGGAGACACGGCAGCGAUAGCAGCAGCAGCAGCGGCGGCGAGCACGGAGGGCCUGGGAAGCACCCACCCCCUCUCUCUCCUCCUUUUCCUCCCCCCCUGCAGGACCAUGCUUGCGUGAGGGAUGAGGCUGUGCACAGGGACGCCAGGCCAGAGCUGCGGCCUACUUCUUCUCACAAGAGCCGGGCUCUCAACUGCAAGAUCCGUGAACGCUUUGCUACCAUCAAAUCAGCAUCUUCGGUCACCAGGUAGAUCCAAGAGCAUGAGCAGGACUCUGAGCUGCGGGAGCAGAUGUCUGGGUAUAAGCGCAUGCGGCGGCAGCACCAGAAGCAGCUGAUCGCCCUGGAGAACAGGCUGAAGGCGGAGAUGGACGAGCACAGACUCCGGUUACAGAAGGAAGUAGAGACCCAAGCCAACAACACAUACAUAGAACUGGAGAGACUGGCUAAACGGCACGCCAUUCAGACAGACAAAGAGAUGAAAACAGCUACAGCAGAGGAGAAGAGAAUCCAGCAACAGAUCAUUGCCCAGCAGAAGAAGGAGCUGACCACCUUCUUAGACAACCAGAAGAAAGAGUACAGGCUCUGUAAAGAGAAGAUCAAAGAGGAGAUGAAUGAGGACCACAGUACACCCAAGGAGGAGAAGCAGGAGCGUCUGUCAAGGCACAAGGAGACGGUGCAGCGCUCGCAGGCUGAGGAUGAGGCGCACCUCCUGGAACAGCAGAGGCUUGUCUACGAGAGGAGCUGCCGGGCCCUGAAACGCAGGACACUGGUCCGGAGGCACGAGUUUGAGCAGGAGCAGAUGAGAGAGGAGCUGAACAAGAAGACGUCGCAGAAGGAGAUGGAGCAGGCCCUGACGAUCCGGCAGGACGAGUCCACCCAGGAGCUGGAGCGCAGGCAGCUGCAGACGUUGCAGCGGCUUCGCGUGGAGCUCAUCCGCCUGCAGCACCAGACGGAGCUGGAGAACCAGGAGGAGUACAACGGGCGUCGGCAGAGAGAGCUGCACCGAAAGCACGCCCUGGAGCAGAGGCAGCAGCCCCGGAACCUCAAGAUGUUGGAGAUGCAGAUAAAGAAACAGUUCCAGGACACUUGUAAGGUGCAGAACAAGCAGUACAAAGCCCUGAGGAACCAUCAGCUCGAGGUGUCUCCUAAGAGCGAGCACAAGGCCAUCCUAAAGUCCCUGAAGGAGGAGCAGACGCGCAAGCUUGCCGUUCUGGCUGAACAGUACGAGCAGAGCAUCAACGAGAUGAUGGCCUCACAAGCGAUGCGUCUGCAGGAGGAGCAGGAAGGGGAGUGCCAGGCGUUAAAGCAGCAGCUGCAGCAGGAGAUGGAGCUCCUGGACGCCUACCAGAGCAAGACCAAGGCCCAGACAGAAGCCCAACAUGACAGAGAGCUGCAGAAAUUAGAGCAGAAGGUCUCCUUACGCAGGGCCCACCUGGAACAGAAGAUUGAAGAGGAGCUGGCCUCACUUCAGAAGGAACGCACUGAAAGGAUCAAGCACCUGUUCGAGAGGCAGGAGAGGGAGAUGGACGCUUUCGACGCCGAGAGCGCCAGGCUGGGGUAUGGGAGCUUCGGAUCGCUGGACUUCCCCAAGGAGGACGACAGAUGAGAGAGGAUGUGUGCGUGGAGGACAUCACCCUUCUGUCCUGUUGUAUGACCUGGACGGCCUGUCGACACAUCCGUCGUCAGCGCCGCACGGACAACGCUGGAUAACUCUUUCUCCCUGCGGCCUUUUAGGUGCCACAUCACAGCGUAGAGCUGUUGGGUCAUGGGAACUACUUUUGUGAGACGGAAAAAAUGAUAAAGGUCAACACAAAAAAAAAUCUAAAAGAUUAAACAAGAUUCAUUCACAACACAAGUCAAACCAAGUGUGUGUAACUUGAAAGUCAUGCAUUGGAGAUGACAAGAAAAGAAUACUUAUCGAAAAAUAUAAACGGACUCUCCAUGUCAUCAUCCUCCUUUUGGUAUGAAUUCAGUAAAUUCAGGAAAUUUUAGUAAAAAUGAGCACUUUGAUAUGUUUAAGUAUUAACCCAUCAUGUUCAUAUGAUGCUUAAUGUGUAUGUUACAUUGGGUGCAUUGCGAUUGUGGAAUGUGAACUGCGGAUCACGCCGUGGUGUUUAGCUGCUUCGUUUUCUUCUCAUGGAUUGUGAAUAAUACUGUAUCUGAACACUGGAAGCUAACAGAAGGUAUCAGGAUGGCGUCCAGUCUUGUACGUAGACAGUUUUAUGGUUAGCUUUUACUUAAUUCCAUAUUGUGUUAAAGCAUAUGGUCCUUCACUUUUUUUUUUUAAACAGUUACAGUACUUUAUUUUCUAUUGUUCGAUAUUUAGGAUUUAUUGGCGUCAGUUUGAUCAAGAUGUGUAUUUUAUCACAAAUGAUUCAACUCAGUAAAACUGCUUAUUAUUGCAUGCACUUUAAAGACAAAUUCAGGUUGUGAAGUGAAGCAUGAAUCUGUCAAAGCGAUUUUAGCUGUUUGUAAAUAAAAGUGGUUAUAGCAUUUUUGUUUUAAAGCCUACUGAUAAGCGCCAUAUUUGAUAGGACCAUUUCACAAAUGCCUUUAUUUAAUUUGUGCCUAUGAAGCUGUUUUGAUUUGUCAUAGUUGUUCCUUUUUGUUUAGCACGGCCAACACCGUUGUUUGUUCAAUCCAAAUUUGUGCAUCAUUUAAUGUUCACUAAUCAAAGGUCUUGUAAAAGGAUAAUGGUGAGAAUUGUGUUGUUUAACUUUUGAUAUAAAUAUUUGUAUUUGAGAACAUAAGUAGGAGAUCCAGAAGCAUUGGUCGAUUGCUGACGAUGGAACAUAUCAUUAUCAUUAGAAAUACUUUUUUUUCUUACGAAUAGAACAGACAUGGUAAUACUUUAGAUCAACAUACUGGAAACUCUAAACACUAAAGACUUUUGUCAGAUUGUAUAAUAACUGUUAAUGGUAUUACAGAAUUACUGUAAAUACAUAGAAUUCUUAUAUCUGCCUGGUAAUAGCCCAGCAGGUGGUUGCAUUGUUCUGGGUUGCAUUCAAGUCAUAGCUGUUUUGUAACCAGAUGUAUGAUGUUUUGCAGUAUUCACUGUUGUUAUUGAACAUAAGGUUGCACAGUGCGUCUAUUACAGUGACUGGGAAGGAAAUUGUUUGGUGCUUUAUUUCUAAUAUCACCAUCAGCCUUCGAAGUCCAUUGACACAGAAGACCAGAUUGAAUGGAUGUCUAUGGAUGUUACAAACUAUUUCAAAAUGUUCACGAUGAACAGUUUUGAAAGAUUGUUUUAUGUUGAGAUCUUGAAUGCAACCCUAGUAUUUUUACAUCGGCUUCUAAACUCACUCCUCUGUCCUGUUUCUCACAAAGUGAUAAAUGCCUGCAUUCAGUCCGAAUGCAGGUUAUAGAUAUUGAGACAUUUGAAGACAAUUUCCAGUUGAGCCAACAUUUGCAGUAUUUGCUAUGAAUGGGAUCUUUGCAAACAAUUCCUGUCAAGGGAAACUGUGAGAUGGUGGGCAUUUAUAUACUCUUUCAAAGCCUUGUGAACUUGUAGAUAUUAUGUUUCUGUGUCUACACCUAUUAAGAAGGAAGUUAGAGAACAUUUCACAAAGCAAUGACUGGAAGUCUAUUUGCGCUAUUGCUAGAUGACAACUUCCUUCAAUUUGCACAUAGAUAUAAUAUCCUCAAGUUCAUCUGACUGGGGAAAUUGAACAUUUAUUGUCAAAAUCUUGAACUAGCCUUAGAGUCAAAGCCUGUAAACUGUUCAAAUUGAAUCCUGGUCAUCAUUCAAGUAAUUGAAAUCAAGCUCUUCAUCGUGGGCUGGGGUUAAAAAUCCCCAAGAUUAGGAAUGUUAUAAAAGCCUAUCUAACAAACACAUGGAAUAGAAAUUUGAAACACAUUAAUACUAAUAUUUUCAGUGUGAGAAACCCAGUAGGGCAUUGUUUAAACCCCCAGACUCAUGACUGGUUGCAAGAUUUUAAUUGACUGAGUUAUACAGUAGACCUUAGUUUUGGAAUUAUUUGAAUGGGGGAUUUUGGAUAUUGUACGAUUUGUUGAUAUAUGGUUUAGAUUCACAUGAUCUUUUCUCUGGGUUUGUUGAGGCAGGUUCCAACCUGUUAUGAACCAAACUGCUUUGGUGGAAUUAAGUUAUAAAGAAAGAUGUAUUUAUCUAGAAUAAAUGGGACUUUCCUAAACUGUACCACACAGUAUUUCCUGUGCGAUGCGGCAAUUAAAUAAAAAAAGAUUCUCUUGAAACAAGAUGUCAUCAACA